CCCCACUUCUUCCCAUCACCCAUCACACCUUGCAAGAUUUGCAUUUUGCUCAUUUGCGACUGUGACCUCGCGAUAAGGCAAGUGAUGGGUAUUACUCGUGAACGCGCUAGUCAUGUGUUUUCUGAAACAUUUUCGAUUCUUAAUUAUUUGUGUCUUUUUCCCUGAGUUUUCACAACCUCAAAAGGAAAGGCAAAACCUCCCCCGACUCGACGACGACGCCGACCUUGACCCAGACUUCCCACUCGACGACCUGGACUUGACCGCUCCAACCACCGACGACGAGAUCAAAGCCCUCAUUAUCCGGCUGAAGAACUCGAAGGCCCAGGACUAGACCAGAUCAAACCCAUUCUUCUCAAACAUCUCCCUCACACAGCCAUCACAUCCAUCACCACAAUUUUCAAUUCUUGCCUCAAUUCCGGUCACUUUCCAACCCCAUGGAAAGAAGCCAGCACCAUCAUGAUCCCCAAGCCCAACAAAGACCCCAACAACCCACUUUCAUAUCGCCCCAUUUCUCUCCUCAACAUUCUGGGAAAAAUCUUCGAAACAAUUCUUGCCUCUCGUCUCCGACUCGCUCUCGAAGAAAACAACCUACUGCCCCCUGAACAAUUCGGUUUUCGCCCCCAUCGCUCCACUUCCCACCCCACUUUCGAACUUUUUACCGACACAACCCGUAGUGCCAAUCUCGGCCAGUGCACACUAGCCGUCUUUUUGGACGUCGAACGUGCAUUUGACCGUGUUUGGCACGAUGGUCUCAUCCAAAAAUUUCUUUCUCACAACAUCAACCUCAAUUUCAUCAAAUUAAUCGACUCUUUUCUCUCAAACCGCUCCUGCAAAGUCAAAGUCCAAAAUUCUUUUUCUUAUCCCGUCCCCCUUCUCACCGGGGUUCCUCAAGGCUCCGUUCUGUCGCCCAUUCUUUACAUUUUUUACAGUUCUGAUUUCCCUGUUUCAGAUCUCCACCAGACCAAAACCCGCUUCUUCGCCGACGACACCGCUCCUCGAUGACGUUCCUCUCCAAGGGGAAAAACGGAAGAAACGGAAGCUCUUCCAAGAAGAGCUUCACUCCGGCAGCCCCCUCAUGGUCUUCCAUCGCGGCAGGCCGCCCCUCGAGCAACCCCCAGGACUCCAUUUUGGCAGUCCCCCAGGCCUCCAUCCCGGCAGCCCCCAGGGCUCCACCCCGGCAGCCCUCAAGGGCUCCACCCCGGCAGUACCCCAGGGCUCCACCCCGACAACUUUACAGGGCUCCAGCCCGGCAGCCCCCAAGGCCUUAAGGAUUCCUCCCAUAUUUCUGCAUGAUGCAGGAACAUGGCAUUUGGUUUCCCAAAAGGUCAAUUUUACCAAGGCGAGGAGCGUAAGCGACCAAAUUCGUAUACAGCCUGCUACUGUUGCUGAUUUCAGGUCGUUUACGAGGUUUAUGGAAGCCGAAAGGAUUCCAUUCCACACCUACACUCUCCCGGAAGAACGGCAGAACAUCGAUGUGUCAAGUGCGGGGAAGCACAUGACACAUAAGUGUGCACGAAGGAGAGCAAGGAGCCUCCCAAGUGUGCCAACUGUAAUGGCCCCCACACGGCCAAUUACAGAGGCUGUCCGCAGUUACCCAAGCUGCAGAAAACCGCCACCCCCAGGACAACCGCCCCCGCCAAGGUCGCCGCCUUCAAGGCAGCAGUCCCCAAAAAGAUCGCCGCUCUCAAGUCAACAGCCGUUCCCAAGGUCGUCGCUCCCAAGGCAAACCCUACCGCCACCAAAGGAGGCACCAAAAGACCGCUCAGCAGCGUCAAACGGUGACCUUUAGAUUGCAGAGGAACCAGAUUGCCACGGCCGUGGCAAUGGCAAAGAGCCUGGAAGAGUUGGCUGAAAAACUCUCAGCCUUCGUCGCUCUUCUUUUGAAUCGUUGAUGGGUGGAAAUCAACUAAUUCAAAAUUCUUUUCAGGUGGAACGCCAACGGUCUUCGAGCGGCCCGGGACGAGCUCGAAGAAUUCGUCGACAGGUUGCAACUUGACAUCGUACUUGUGUGCGAACUUGUUGCAACCUCAAACGACGGACCCAAAAAUUCGGGGUUUCACUCUCCACAGGGCGGACAGAGGGAUCGGCCCAGGAGGAGGAACGGCAAUUUUUGUAAGUAACAGAAUUAAACAUUCUGUUCUAUUUCACUAUUGGUGACAUGUCCGUUUAACGUUUUAAACUUUUUAAAUCAUUUAAUUAAUACUGCUGAUGAUGUUCGAAUUAGAACGAAAGAAGUCGACCAAAGCAAUUUUGUUUUAUUUCUUGUUUCUGUAACUGGAUCCAUCCCACCAUCUUAUAAAAUAACGUUUAUAAAUUUGAAAAUGGGUUGUUUUCUACAAUUUAUAACUUUUCGUAUCAAGGUUCUUUGGAUAACUCAUUUCUAACUUGGGGAUAAGUUUGGAUGGCUUAUUAGUUUUUAAACAUUUAAUGUGCACUUAAUAACGAUCAAUUAUCGUUCGCGGUGGACGAAAAAUCCGUAACUGAUUCUGAACCGCACAUGGGCUUUAAAUAAAUCCCGGACUAAUUCAGGAUUAGUUCUAAAAAUCGUCCGCCAACAAAGCUAAUAUUAGUAUAAUUAGUGUAAUUAAUGUUUAUUAUGCACCAAAUACAAAUAAGGUCAUCACAAAUUAAAAACUAUAUAAAAAUCUGUAUGGUUCCAUGUAGGUACGUCUUUCAACCGCCAUAUUCCAAGCGAUCCAGCGCUUUCAUCGGUCAUGUCAUUAUUUAAAAAAUACACUAAAAUGCAAAAAAUAAUGUUUUUCAAUCAGAGGUGAAUAGUUUUUUACAGAUUAAAAUUAUGGCAGGGCUUCCCUAAUAGCUGCCGGCAAUGAAUUUUUAGAAUUUGUUGUUAAUUUUACAUUUUUCUUGAACAAAGCUAGUGUUAGCUCUAAGUGUUAUUAGUUUUACUAUGUAGUAAAAUACGGUGGCGAACUGACAUUCUCAAAAAUGACUG